AGAGAGUAGUGUCACGGAUCGACAACUCAAACGAGUUGUAAUAAAACCGUGAGAAUCUAUUUGCUGGGAAGCCUAUUAUUAAUUAUUUUCUAAACUAAUAAAAUUUCGAAAAAUGAAAGAAUCUUUAAGUAAAUCUAAUAAAAAUAUCGAGAAGAAAUAAAACAUAAAAAAGAAUUAUUUUAAAUCGAUCAGAAUACUAUUUGUAGUGUACAAGGUGCCAUAUUCGUGAAGGAACGCUACUGGAGACAGCUGAUCGUGUGCAUUGUGUGCAAGGCAAGAAAAAUCAGAUGCAUCAAGGCGUUUUUCGUCAUUAUUGUGAGAAACAAACGUUCAUAACAAAGUAGAUUUAAUUCGAACAAAUUACUGAGUUUAAAUUUCAUAGACGAUUUCCUCUUCUUAUUUUUCGACAUAUUCCCGUACCGAAUUAUGCACUUGUCGCAUAGUUCUAUGUUAUCAACCGAGCUCGUGAGAAAUGCAUCGUAACGUUAGUCGGUUAGAUUCACUUGUUCGAAAAAUAAAAAGAAAAAAGGAGGUUUCUUCCUACUGUGUGCCUUCUUCUCAAGAAAUUUUCAAGGAUAACCGGUAUCGUAUUCUGUAACGGAUGAUGUAAGCCCGCACCUUUUGUCUUUCUUCUCUAGCUAUUAGAAAUUUCAUCGCGUCUUGUGCUUCUUUAACGUUGGCUUCGUCUUUUUCGUUUUGUUAUGUCGUGUCUUGUCCUACCGUGUCGUUUCGUGCAUGCAGCGUGAAUGUGAACGCGCGCACGUGCGUUUACGUAUGUAUUAAACAUACACAUGUAUAUAUGUAUGUAUAUACCGAGUGUGGCUGUGUCUGUCUGUGUCUAUAGUGACUGAAUGCUGUGGGUGAACUCGCCGGACACCCACUUAUACAGGUGGCUUCCUUUUUCAUUCACACCGCGCGGUUUCGUGCAAAGACGGUAGUAUAGAAAAGACCUCUUGGAAGGAUUUCCUUCUUGCUUGAAGCAAUAGUAGGUGCCACACGAUGACGCCAACGACGUAUAUAUUAUUUUCAUCUUCUAAAAAUUUGAUCGUUUUUUCAUUCCUCGUCGCUUUAACAAAUGCAAAUUACACUGAUAUUAAUUUACCGGCGAGUCAUAUGAAGUAUUACUUUCAUUCUUUUCCCACGGUAGCCGAAAAAUGUCAAAACGAUACGUCCUGUCCGUAUAAGGACAGUUUGAAUACCAAAGCAUGUUGGGGCUACGAGACAGAAUGUAAAGAAGAAAAUUCAUUUUCCGUACCCUAUUGUCCUGGUGAUCACAAAGGAUGGGUCGCUACGAAAAAAGCACAAUUGGACACGUUUUAUGCGCAAGGAGAUUUUGGCUAUGUACGAGAUCAAAGAAGAGAAAUGAUGAUGCUGUGCGAGCCUCUUUUUGCCGACGACUCAUCAUUGGAAUGCUCCGAACAUAUGAGAUUCUGUAGAGCUAGGAACGUUCUAUUAAAUUUCACGGAUCUUUUACAUAGAAAGGAACCCAUAAGAUACAAAAUGGAUGUUUUGAAAGAAGGACAAAUCGGUGGUUAUUGCACGCUGAACGAAAAGAAACUUCAAGACAACGCAGAUCACAUCAGCCCACUACAAUCAUGGGGACCAGAGUUACGAAACUUUCGUAGGUUUCAUCGACGUCCGAUCGUAGAAGGCGAUUGUGAUAUCGUAAUAGAAAAACCUACGUACAUAAUGAAAAUAGAUGCCAUAGUAAACAUGUAUCAUCAUUUUUGCGACUUCUUCAAUCUGUAUGCGUCGUUGCACGUAAAUCUUUCGCAUUCGAGCGCCUUCAGUACGGACAAUCAUAUAAUGAUUUGGGAAAGUUACAGUUAUCGAUCGGCAUUUCAAGAUACGUUCGAAGCUUUCACAAGCAAUCCACUGUGGGAUUUAAAAACGUUUCGCGGUGAAAAAGUUUGCUUCCGGAAUCUUGUAUUUCCGUUACUACCACGAAUGAUCUUUGGACUUUAUUAUAACACACCUCUCAUUUAUGGAUGCGAAAAUAGUGGUUUGUUUAAAGCUUUUGGAGAUCACGUAUUACAUAGACUUAAGAUACCUCUACUUGACAGAAAAAAUGAUAAGAUACGCGUAACUUUACUGAGCAGAGAUACUCAAUACAGAAAAAUAUUAAAUGAAGAAGAAUUAGUACAAGCUUUGAAAGAAAAUAAAGAAUAUGAAGUUCGAAAGGUAAUUUAUAACAAGAACGUAUCUUUCAAAAAACAACUUCAAAUCACAAGAAAUACUGAUAUAUUCAUCGGUAUACACGGAGCAGGAUUGACGCACCUCUUGUUUUUACCUGAUUGGGCCGCUGUUUUUGAAAUAUAUAAUUGCGAGGACCCUAGCUGUUACAAAGAUCUUGCAAGAUUACGAGGUAUUAAAUAUUAUACGUGGGAAGACAAUUCUAAAUUAAUUCAACAGGAUCCUGGUACACAUCCCGACGGUGGUGCUCAUGCCAAAUUUACGAAUUAUAAUUUUGAAGUUAAGGAAUUUCUACGUAUUGUUUCCUUAGCUAGUACUCACGUGAAACAUCAUAACGCUUUUAAAGAUUUUUUAAGCAAAAAUAUGAUUCAAAAGGAUAAAGUACGUAGUAAAACGAAGAAUAUAAAUAGUAACUUAAAUAAAACGUCUAAUAAAGAAAAAGUAUCUAAAGUACAACGUCAAAGUAAUACUCAAUUGAAGGAUGAAUUAUGACGAAUUUAGGAUAAUAAAUUUAAUUAAGAAAAAUACUGCACAACGGGUUUAUUGUGUCAAAUACUGUUGCAAUUACAAUUAUACAGAACAAAUACUUUGUUACCAGUUAAACUAUUUUUCUUAUUUUUAUACUGAUGUACAUACAUAUUUGUUUUGAUACAAAAAAUAAUAAAUAUGAGAUAUUUCUCGAUA